CCGCCCUGCUCUUAGCGUGGAGUGACAGGAGUCACUUCCCAGGAGUGACAUUCCCGGUUUUCUCCUGUUCGGAGAGCAGUGCCACCGAGCAUGCCGCACAAAGCCCCUCUGCAGCCGAAGCCCAGGGGAAUUUUCCAGUGAGUCCUGCUCCUUAAAAGCCAGAGUUGUCCCUUCCCAGCCCGGCGUUGGGAAGCGCCUCCGACAGCGAAUUUCGCUGCGCCCAGCGGGUGUUGAGGUCCUGGAGUGCGGGCUGGAGGAGGGGGCUGCCAUGGAAGAGAAUGUGUUCAGCGUGCAGCAGAUCCAGCCCAACGUCAUCUCGGUGAGGCUCUUCAAGCGCAAGGUGGGCGGCCUCGGCUUCCUGGUGAAGGAGCGCGUCAGCAAACCGCCCGUCAUCAUCUCCGACCUGAUCCGGGGCGGGGCUGCCGAGCAGAGUGGCCUCAUCCAGGCUGGGGACAUCAUUUUAGCCGUCAAUGGCAGGCCCCUGGUGGACAUGAGCUAUGAGACGGCGCUGGAGAUCCUGAGAAGCAUCGCCUCCGAGACCUACGUGGUCCUCAUCCUGCGCGGCCCCGAGGGCUUCACCACUCACCUGGAGACCACUUUCACAGGGGACGGGACGCCCAAAACCGUCCGUGUCACCAGACCCCUGUGCCCGGCUCCGAAGGCGGUUGACUUGUCCAAUCCAAGCAUCGCCAACAAAGAGCAGCCCCAGCCAGCAGCCAUGGGAUCCCUGUGGAGCAGGGAAAUCGGGAAGGAGGUGGAGCCCAUGGUCCACGUUAACGGUGUUGUUCCCGGCGGCAAAGACGCCGGGAAGGGCAAGGAUGGGGCUUGUGGUCACUCCUGUCUCAACGGCGGCGUGGAAGACAAUGAGCUGCUCAAAGAAAUCGAGCCCGUCCUGGACCUGCUGAAGAGCAGCAGUAAGGACAGCAAUGGAGAUGCGCCCUCCAAGGUAGAGACACGGGAUAUAGAAGUCCAGGUGGACUGUUUCAGGGAAGGGGAGAACAAUCCCCAGAAAGCUUUGCCAGCUCGGAUGGAGAACGAUCGUGUCCUGGGGGACCUGUGGGAGAAGAGCAGCGUCCCCGUGGUCCUGAACAACCCCUACUCCGAAGCAGAACAGCCACCACCAUCUGGGCGCCAGUCCCCGACCAAGAACCCCCUCAAUGGGAGCCCUUCCAAAUGCCCCCGGUUCGUGAAAAUCAAGAACUGGGAGACGGGCUCCGUGCUCCACGACACCCUGCACCUCAAGACUGCCAUGGCCACGGCAUGCACGGAGCAGAUCUGCAUGGGCUCCGUGAUGACCCCCAGCCCCCACAUCCGCAAGGCAGAGGACACCAGGACCAAGGAGGAGGUGCUGCUCCUGGCCAAGGACUUCAUUGACCAGUACUACUCCUCCAUAAAGAGAUCCGGCUCCAAGGCCCACAUGGAGAGGCUGGAGGAGGUGACCAAGGAGAUUGAGGCCACUGACACCUACCAGCUGCGGGACACGGAGCUGAUCUACGGGGCCAAGCACGCCUGGAGGAACGCGGCUCGCUGCGUGGGCAGGAUCCAGUGGUCCAAGCUGCAGGUGUUCGAUGCCCGGGACUGCACCACGGCCCAUGGGAUGUUCAAUUACAUCUGCAACCACAUCAAGUACGCCACCAACAAGGGCAACCUCAGGUCUGCCAUCACCAUCUUCCCGCAGCGCACGGACAGCAAGCACGACUUCCGCAUCUGGAACGCGCAGCUGAUCCGCUACGCCGGCUACAAACAGCCCGACGGCACCGUGCUGGGGGACCCCGCCAACGUGGAGCUCACCGAGAUCUGCAUCCAGCAAGGCUGGAAGGCUCCAUAUGGGCGCUUUGAUAUCCUGCCCCUGCUGCUCCAAGCCAACGGCAACGACCCCGAGCUCUUCGAGAUCCCGCCGGAGCUGGUGCUGGAAGUGCCCAUCCGGCACCCCAAGUUUGAGUGGUUUAAGGACCUGGGCCUGAAGUGGUACGGGCUGCCAGCCGUUUCCAACAUGCUCCUGGAGAUCGGGGGCCUGGAGUUCUCCGCGUGCCCCUUCAGUGGCUGGUACAUGGGCACGGAGAUCGGCGUGCGCGACUACUGCGACAACUCCCGCUACAACAUCCUGGAGCAAGUGGCCAAGAAAAUGAACCUGGAUAUGAGGAAAACAUCCUCGCUGUGGAAGGACCAGGCCCUGGUGGAGAUCAACAUCGCUGUGCUCUACAGCUUCCAGAGUGACAAGGUGACCAUCGUGGAUCACCACUCGGCCACCGAGUCCUUCAUCAAGCACAUGGAGAACGAGUACCGGUGCCGGGGGGGCUGUCCCGCCGACUGGGUCUGGAUUGUCCCGCCCAUGUCGGGCAGCAUCACCCCCGUGUUCCACCAGGAGAUGCUCAACUACCGCCUGACGCCCUCCUUUGAGUACCAGCCCGACCCUUGGAACACCCACGUCUGGAAAGGGGUCAAUGGGACACCCACCAAGAAGAGGGCCAUUGGCUUUAAGAAGCUGGCUAAGGCUGUGAAGUUCUCAGCCAAGCUGAUGGGCCAAGCCAUGGCCAAGAGGGUCAAGGCCACCAUCCUGUAUGCCACGGAGACAGGGAAGUCCCAGGUCUAUGCAAAAACUCUGUGUGAGAUCUUCAAACACGCCUUUGAUGCCAAGGUGAUGUCCAUGGACGAGUAUGACAUCGUGCACUUGGAGCAUGAAACCAUGGUCCUGGUGGUCACCAGCACCUUUGGCAACGGGGACCCCCCUGAGAACGGAGAGAAAUUUGGCUGUGCAUUGAUGGAGAUGAAGAAUCCCAACUCCAACCUGGAGGAGAGGAAGAGCUACAAGGUCCGGUUCAACAGUGUCUCCUCCUACUCGGACGCACGGAAAUCCUCCAGCGAUGGCCCCGACUCCAGGGACAACUUCGAGAGCACGGGGCCCCUGGCAAACGUCAGGUUCUCCGUGUUCGGGCUGGGCUCCCGGGCUUAUCCCCAUUUCUGCGCCUUCGCCCGCGCCGUGGACACGCUGCUGGAGGAGCUGGGGGGAGAGAGGAUCCUCCGCAUGGGAGAGGGGGAUGAGCUCUGUGGCCAGGAGGAAUCCUUCAGGACCUGGGCCAAGAAGGUCUUCAAGGCAGCUUGUGACGUGUUCUGCGUGGGGGAUGAUGUCAACAUCGAGAAAGCCAACAACUCCCUGAUCAGCAACGACCGCAGCUGGAAGAGGAGCAAAUUCCGCCUGACCUACGUGGCCGAGGCCCCGGAGCUCACACAAGGACUGUACAGCAUCCACAAAAAACGCGUCUAUGCAGCCCGGCUCCUCUCACGCCAGAACCUGCAGAGCCCCAAGUCCAGCCGCCUGACGAUUUUCCUGCGCCUGCACACCAACGGGCACCAGGGGCUGCAGUACCUGCCCGGGGACCACCUGGGUGUGUUCCCAGGGAACCACGAGGACUUGGUCAAUGCCCUCAUAGACAGGCUUGAGGAUGCCCCUCCGACCAACCAGGUGGUGAAGGUGGAGCUGCUGGAGGAGAGGAACACGGCUCUAGGUGUCAUCAGUAACUGGACAGACGAGAACCGUGUCCCACCCUGCACCAUCUUCCAGGCCUUCAAGUACUACCUGGACAUCACCACCCCUCCCACCCCGCUGCUGCUGCAGCAGUUUGCCCUGCUGGCCACCAGUGACAAGGAGAAGAAACGUCUGCAGGUCCUUAGCAAGGGCUUGCAGGAGUACGAGGAGUGGAAGUGGUCCAAGAACCCCACGAUCGUGGAGGUGCUGGAGGAGUUCCCCUCGGUGCAGAUGCCCUGCACGCUGCUGCUCACCCAGCUGCCCCUCCUGCAGCCUCGCUACUACUCCAUCAGCUCGUCCCCAGAGAUGUACCCAGGGGAGGUGCACCUCACCGUGGCUGUGGUGUCCUACCGCACCCGAGAUGGAGAGGGACCCAUCCACCACGGAGUCUGCUCCUCGUGGCUCAGCCGCAUCCAGACGGAUGAAGUGGUGCCCUGCUUUGUGCGAGGCGCCCCCGGCUUCCACCUGCCCCAGGACCCGCAGGUGCCCUGCAUCCUCAUCGGCCCCGGCACCGGCAUCGCCCCUUUCCGCAGCUUCUGGCAGCAGCGGCUCUUCGACAUCCAGCACAAAGGGCUGAAGCCGUGCCCCAUGGUGCUGGUGUUUGGCUGCCGGCAGUCCAGGAUCGACCACAUCUACAAGGAGGAGACGCUCUUUGCCAAAAGCCAGGGAGUGUUCAGAGAGCUGUACACGGCCUAUUCCCGGGAACCCGACAAACCAAAGGAUGACAGCCGGUACCACGAGGAUAUUUUUGGAGUCACCCUGCGCACGUACGAGGUGACAAACCGCCUUAGAUCCGAGUCCAUCGCGUUCAUCGAGGAGAGCAAAAAAGACACGGAUGAGGUUUUCUGCUCCUAACUGGACCCUUCGCCCCCAGGGGAUGCCAAACCAGUCCCAGCACCUGCUGCCCCCUCCAGCUGGAGGGCACUGGGUUUUGUAUUUCACGGACACGGUGGCUCCUUUUCCACGGGGAUCUGCCCAUGGAAAGCGCUCUGUCUCUCGUCCUGUUGUUGUGUCCUGAUGAUGAUGAUGAUGAUGACUUUUAUUUCCUUUCUUCCUCCUUCUCUUGCUCUUGUCCAUUUCUUGUGGCCAUUUCUUUUCACCUCCUUCCCCUUCCCUGGAUUUCCCCACUGGAGUUCGAUGGCUUUAUAACCUGCAGUGGCUCUUUUCAGAAUUCCACAUUUCCCCUCCUUCCCAUGAGGGCAUUUUGCAGCUGCAUGAAAUCACCUCCUUUGUGAUCAUUUUUGGGUGUUUCUGGGGGUGAGCAGAGGUGGCAGGGGCCGGGCAAUGGUGAAGUCUUGUUGCUUGUCCAGAGCUGGGGGUUGUUCCUGCCAGGUUCCCUCUUUCCCCAGCUUGGGGCUUGGCUGAAUCCUUGUGUUUUCAUGGCUUUCCUUUGGGUUUAGACAAACCUGGGCGUAUACCCGAGGCUGGGGGCAGAUGAUGUGUAAUUCCCAUGAAUUUUAUUCAUCCCCAAGCAGCCUGGGUGCAGCUGUGUAUUUUUUGAUCUGAUUUACGUGUCACGAUUUCUCCUAAAUGGGCCCUGUGCUUUAUCUCUCUUUCCCUGCUCUUUUCCUGCUCCCUGUGAGCUUCUCCCUUUGCUCAAUCCCAACUUUUGCUGGCAUGGAAGUUCUCCCACAAGCUCUGAACACACAGGCUGAUGUGCAGGCCAAGGAAAAGCUCCUGGCAGUGACUUCUCCAGAGGGUUUUACAGGGAAUAUUUGAUCUGCAGCCACGCUGCUGGUGGGACCUGGCUGCACCCAGAGCUCUGCAUGCUCUGAUCCCUCUCCCAGAUGAGCCUGGAAAGCAAGGAGGAUGGGACAGAAGCUGCCAGAGGCACCUCUGGGAACAAAGGCAGCCCUUGGAGGGGGAUGGAGGCUCCAGGUCUUUGGCAAAGAUGUGCCCACAGAGGAAUCAUGAAACCCCAGAGCUCUUAGCACAUCUCGUGAGCACCUCUGGGACAGCAGACCCCAGCCCUCUCCACAUUUUAAGGAGCAGAAAGUGCCACGGGGAGCCACCUGCCUGCCAGGAGAGACACGUGUGGCGUUUUGGGGGUGAGGCAGGCUGCUCUGUGCCACCUGACAGGUGUCUCAGCCAGGACAUCUCACGUGACAAGGGAGGUGACAUCAGCUGCAAAGGUGCUGGGCUCUGACACGCUCACACCUCAGCCCUGCUGCGAGAACCUGGCCCCAAAAGUGAUUUGUUAACACAACCACAGGGAGGUUGGAGAAAACAGAAAGCCUCUAACAGAGAAGAGCUGUCUGCAAGGGAAAGCAAACGUGACCUUGUGUGUCCUUCCUCCUGCUGCACCCCGAAGAAUCACAGAAUAUUCGGAAUUGGAAGGAUCAAGCCCAACUCCUGAGUGAAUGGCCCAUCCAGGGAUUGAACCUCGGCGUUUUCAGCACCAGGCUCUGCCCAGCUGAGCCAGUCCCAGGUUUGUCCUCCCUCACUGCCAUCACAAGGACAGCAGGACAUGGCUGCAGGGAUGCAGGGUUGGCAUCUUGAGGUGGCAGCUGCUGAUCCCCCCCUCCUGCCCUGCCCAGCUGUGCACAGAUCCUGGAUGGAGCCGAGCACCAGCACUGGUGACAGCACAGGAUUGGCCAGGAGCUUUCCCAGGGCUAAUAUCACCUGCCCUGAGCUAAAGGCAGCACAGAAAGAGCUGCAGGAGUUUGCUGCUCUCCCAGCCCAUGGAACAAGCCCCACUGGCUCCCCUAUCUCAGGCUGUGCUGUAAUUCCACCCUCAGCCAGGAUCUCCCGUCCUCUCCUGCCACAUCUCCAUGGGCUGUGACACCUUCUGCAGCUUCGACUCCCUGAAUCCCUGAAGCAUCUCCAGCCCAAAAUCCAGGAGCAAAAGGGCUCCAGGCACCGGGAGGAUUUGAGAUGCAGGUCUGCUGGUGCCAGCCGAGCAUCCAACACGGGAUAAAACGAAUAAAUGCUGCCACGAUGUGGCCAGAGCUGAGCUGGCGAGGCUGGGACACACGGCCGGCUGUGUGACACUGCCUCGGGGCUUGGUGACCUGCAGGGGACAGGGCACAACCCUGUGGGAUGUGUCCCA